UCGGUAGCGUUGAUGUUUACACGAAAGUCAUCCUUAGAAGAGCUGCACACAAAAUGCUUUUGAAUGAAUAAAAUCUACAGCGACUGUUAUGAUUUUUUUUAUUUUUUUUUACAAAACGUAUAUAAUAGCCCAGGAAAUGUAGAAGUUAUUAGCAGAAAUGUAGCUAAGAGUCAGACAUUCACGAUUAUGUAUUAAUGUGUAUUAUUUAAUAUAUUGUUCGGAGCUGGUCUGUUUAAUGAGUUUAUUUACUUCCACGUUUUCUCUCAAUGCAUUGAUAUGAAAGGUGUUUGUGUCUCUUCCCAGUAAACCAUGAUAGGAGUGGAGUCUGGGCUGUACAUCGGGUGUGUGUCCGAUCUGAAGGAUGCUCGGAGCCUGACAGACGCAGGUGUAACACACAUACUCACCGUUGACUCAGAGGAACCUGCUGUCCCUGGUUUCCACACCAAAUUUGUCCGAGCUCUGGAUGAUGCGUCCACAGACCUCCUGAGCAGACUGGAUGACUGUGUCAGCUUCAUAUGUGAUGCUCUCAACACACACUCUGAAUCCAAAUCAUCAGCAGUUCUUGUGCAUUGCCAUGUAGGGCAAAGUAGAAGUGCUGCUGUGGUGACUGCUUACCUGAUGAAAACACAACAUCUAAAUUUACAGAAUGCAUAUUCUAAACUCCGAAACUUAAAACCAGAUGUUAAAAUGAAUGAAGAAUUUAUGGACCAGCUGGCACUUUAUGAAUUAAUGGAUUGUAAAUUAGACACCACAAAUCCGUUAUAUAAACAGUUUAGAUUGAAGAAAAUUACAGAGAAAUAUCCAGAACUCCAGAAUAUGCCAAAAGAUGUUUUUGCUGUUGACCCUGCACAAACCCAGAAUGCAGAAGCUGUAUACAGAUGUAGAAAGUGCAGACGCACACUUUUCCGUCACUCCAGCAUUCUCAGUCACUGUGUGGGAAGUGGAGCCUCUGCAUUCUCUCAUAAGAAGACGAGGCUAGUGAGUGAUAGUGAAGAUCAGAGACAGUGCACAUCCUACUUUAUAGAGCCAGUGCAAUGGAUGGAGCCGGCCGUACUGGGUGUUAUGGAUGGACAGGACAGCAGUGAGGGGAGGGAGGAUUUCCAGAGGCAGCCAGACGAGGUAGCGCAGUGGUGGGGUGAAUGGAGCAGCUGGUCCACCUGUUCCCGUACCUGCGGAGGAGGAGUGCGCUCUCAAGAGCGUCACUGUCUGCAGCAGAGACUGACGUCGACCCAAAACAUCAACAGUUCCUUCUGCACUGGACCGUCCAAACAGUAUCAGCUGUGCACAAAUCAGCCGUGCCCAAACAGCAGAAUCAGCUUCAAACAGCACCAGUGCUCUCAGUUCAAUGCCAAAGCCUUCGGCAGGAAGCACUAUGAGUGGGUUCCACUUUAUCCGGAUGAUUACAUCAACAUCUCCAAUAAGCCAUGUGACCUCCAGUGCACCACAACCACAGGAGAAAGGCAGCUGUUGGUGCCUGCCCAUGAUGGGACGUUCUGCAGGGAUGGGAUCUACCAGGGUGUUUGCAUUGAGGGCCAGUGUCAGGUGGUAGGGUGUGAUGGGAAACUGUAUUCCAGUAAAACCAUAGACAAAUGUGGAGUCUGUGGUGGAAACGGAGGUUCUUGUUAUCGUGUCUCAGGAUCUUACCGGAAAGGGAUCACACAGUUAGGUUAUGUGUUCAUAACCAAUAUACCGGUUGGUGCUACUGAUAUCCAAAUCAUAGAGCGGCGGAAAACUGAAAACAUCUUGGCUCUGUCUGAUGAAGCUGGUCACUUCUUCUUCAAUGGGAACAGUGUGAUUGACAAUCCACAGAACUUCCAUGUUGCUGGGACAGUCUUUAAGUAUAGGAGGCCGGCUAACCUCUUCUCUGAUGGCUUUGAGUACAUCAUGGCUCAGGGUCCCACCCAUCAGGCCCUGAAUGUCAUGUAUUACAACCUCAAUGGAAAGAUGCCUCACAUCACAUAUGAGUACACAGUUCCUCGAGCUCUGGAGCUGAGGGCAGCAUCUCCCAUGGUCUCUACACCUGAGCAACCUCAAAUAAGCAACCUGAUGUCAAAGACGUCCAAAGACCCCUCACUGGCAGAGCAGAAGGUGAACACGUCCUCUACGGAGCUGUCCUCCACUCAUAAUGAAAUCGAAGCUCGUAAGGAGUAUGGAAAAAAAGGCAACCAGAGCACUUCACUGGGACCUCAAGAUAAUGUGCAUGUGGGUCAUGAGGAGCUGUUGUGGGAACUUCAGGCCUCUGUAAACUUCAGUGAGCUGCCUGGUCUGGUAUUGUUUAGACCUGCCAGUGAGGUCCUCCAGAACGAGCUAGAUGAUGAAAUGCACCAUCUUGAGGCGCAAGGCAGUUUUGGCCCUGAUUCCAACCUUAUUGAUGGUGAUUCAUCUAGUUCCAGUGACUCCAACUACACAUCUACACCGGUGCUGAAGAGUCUCUUCUAUGAUGGAGCAUCUUGGCCCUCAGGCUCAAGACAGCCCUGUAAAGACGGUUCUGCACUCACGGGUUGUGCUGUACUCAAGCUCAACUCUUCACUGGACAACAGCCUGACACUGGAGAUCUACCCAGGCAACCUGGACAUGCACGGUCCAGAUGGAGAGUCUGUAUUUGAGGGCAGGACUAAUGACUCAACAAGCCACCGGUCCAACCUUCUCCAGCUCCACCAGGUGGAGCCAGUGCAGACCCCCCAGAGCGAGAGCAGUAAUGAGUUUGAGGUGGAAUCGCUAGAUCGUGACAUCAGCAUGUCUGACAUGUACAGAUGGAAAGUUUCUGCGUAUGCGCCCUGCAGCUCAACAUGUACAACAGGCAUAAGCACAUCUUAUGCCUUAUGUGUGAAGUAUGACGGGUCAGAGGUGGAUGAGAGCUACUGCGACGCUUUGACCAGGCCGGAGCCCACACAUGAGUUCUGUACAGGGAAAGAGUGCCUGCCCAGGUGGGAAACUAGUCGGUGGAGUGAGUGUUCCCGGACAUGUGGAGAGGGGUUUCAGUUCCGCACGGUGCGCUGCUGGAAGAUGAUGGCGCCGGGAUUUGACAGCUCUGUUUAUGAUGAGCUGUGUCAGGCUGUGGAGCUGCAGAAGCCCAUCACACGGAAAGCCUGCAAGAGCAAAAGCUGCGGCCCGCAGUGGGAGAUCUCAGACUGGUCGGAGUGUUCAGCGCGGUGUGGUGGUCGUGGGGUGAGGAGCCGCGAGGUGCGCUGCUCCAUGGAGGCCAGACUCUGUAACGAGUCCAGCAGACCGGCCAGCCAGAGAGAGUGCGAAGGGCCGCCCUGUGACCGCAGGUGGACCGUCUCUGACUGGGGGCCGUGCUCAGGGCCGUGUGGGGAGGGCAGGAUGAGACGCUAUGUGGUGUGUAAGAACAGCAGUGGGAAGGUGAUUUCUGAUGGCCAGUGUGAUCCAGAGCUCAAGCCACUGGCCGUGCAUCCGUGUGGAGACAAAAACUGCCCUGCCCACUGGGUGGAGCAAGAGUGGGAAAAGUGUAAUGCCACAUGUGGCCGUGGAGUGAAGACGCGUCAGGUGGUGUGUGCAGGGCUGGAGGGUGGCGUCUUCAAGGAGUUCCCUGAAAGGAUGUGUGACAGAUCCCUCAGACCUGCGGACAGUGCAGCCUGUUUUGAGAGACCCUGCUCCAAGUGGUUCACCACAUCCUGGUCCCAGUGCAGUAAGACAUGUGGGAUUGGAGUGCGUGUGCGAGAGGUGAAGUGUUAUCAAGGAGAAGAACUGGGCCAUAGCUGUGAUUCAACACUGAGACCAGAGGCCAGGCAGAGCUGUGAGGUGCAGCCCUGCACUACUGAGCCACCAGCUGAGGAUGCUUGUCAGGAUAAAGCGACAGCUAACUGUGCCCUUGUCCUGCGGGUGAAGCUGUGCACUCACUGGUACUACAGGAAGGCCUGCUGUCUGUCCUGCAAGAACAAGAGCCAGUGAAGGCUGUCCAGCU